UGAGUAGGAAUAGAAGCUGAUGGUUAUGGCGUAGCCCCGAGCUACAGAUCGCUCGGUGUCCACGAAUUUUGUCUCUUCUCCUUGUGUGACUGUGUGUGACUGUGUGUGUCAUACGGCUUGCCCGCUCUCGUGAGCAACGUUUCUGUGCCUCGACGCCAUGGAUCCUGGUCCUGAGGAGCUCCGAUUGCACGGUCUGCGUGGGUAUGACCAAGAGCCGAGUCGCAACAAGACAUUGAUCAUCAAUUCGAAGGAACCUUUCAAUGCAGAGCCCCCUGUGUCGAUUCUCGGGUCUUCCUACUUGACAAGCGAGGAUAAUUUUUACAAGCGAAAUCACGGGCCCAUUCCCAUUUUGCGCGACCCUACGACGUACAAAUUGGUUGUAACAGGGGAUGUGCCAAAUCCUGUCUCACUCUCACUCGAUUUUAUAAAAUCGCUCCCAAAGUAUACUGCUGUCGCAACACUGCAAUGCGCUGGAAAUCGGAGGACAGAGAUGAGCAUGAGGCGGAAAGUGAGGGGUGUUGGUUGGGGAGCUGCAGCUAUUGGAACUGCUGCAUGGGGAGGAGCGAAACUUUCAGACGUGCUUAAACACGCGGGUGUAAUGUACUACUCAACUGCCACAAACCAAGGAGGCAGGCAUGUCGAAAUUGUGAGCUGUGACUUUUGUAAGGAGGAAAAUGGAGGACCUUAUAAGGCUUCAAUACCCUUACUGCAUGCAACGACUCCAGAGGCAGAUGUUUUAUUGGCGUAUGAGAUGAAUGGAAAGGUGCUCAAUCGAGACCAUGGAUAUCCACUGCGGAUUGUAGUACCAGGGGUUAUUGGAGCUCGCUCUGUAAAAUGGAUUGAGAGUAUUGUUGUCUCCAAAACCGAGUGCCAGGGAUUUUUUCAGCAGAAAGAUUACAAGAUGUUUCCUCCGCGGGUUGAUUGGGAUAAUAUUGACUGGCAGUCGAGACGCCCAUUGAUGGACUUUCCUGUUCAAAGUGUCAUUUGUGAGCCACAAGAUGGUGCUGUGGUGAAGAGUGGGGACUUGGUUGACUUUUAUGGUUAUGCUGUGGCCGGGGGUGGACGCGGUAUUGAGCGGGUAGAUAUUUCAGUGGAUAAUGGGAAGACUUGGUUGGAAGCACAUCGGCUACCCAAGCUACAAACCAAUGCUUAUGAUUCUCAUCGUCCCGACUGGGCUUGGACACUGUGGGAACUCAAAUCUGUCAAAGUUGAGACUCCAUGCACUGUGAUUGUGAAAGCGGUGGACACUGCUGCUAAUGUUCAGCCUGCGGACGUUGAUGAGAUUUGGAAUUUGAGGGGCGUCCUGAACACUUCCUGGCAUAAGAUUAGAAUUCACGGGCCUCCUGAAUCGAAGUUGUAAGGAGCCCAAGCUUACAUAUAUUCGGAUUCAGAUUAUGAUGUAUUUAUAAAAGUCUACUUUGUUGAGUAGGCAAUAAUUUUCACGCAUUACCAUAUUUAUGAUGGUAGUGCUGUAUAGUACUCAAAGGUACUUUUAUUUUCUA